AUGGCCGAUCACCCUCACCCUCACGGUUCCCAUCAUGGCCACUCCCACGCUCACGGCCACGGAGAGGCUCAAAACAGGGAGUACUUCAAUCAACAAGCAUCCUCUUACGACUCCAAGCACGAGAAAACCCUCGACAAGCUGGCUGAAGAGAUCAGGAAGCGGAUCGAUUUCAUUGGUGUUGAGUGGGCUGACGAGGAGAGCUCCGGUGACGAGGAGGAGAAAAAAGAUGACAGCAGGGAGAAGAGGGAGGUGAGGGAGGUGAGGUUGUUGGAUUAUGCUUGUGGGACCGGACUUGGUGAGUCUGCUCUUGCUCCGUAUACCACCCAGUGUGUCGGCAUUGAUUUGUCCGAGAAUAUGGUGGCUACCUACAAUGCCAGAGCCGCAAAUCAGGGCCUAACCCCCGAAGAAAUGCACGCCCACGUCGGCAACCUGUGCCUCCCCACUGACUCCCCUUCCUACCCCACCCAAACCCAACUCUUCUCCUCCUCCGACUUCUUCUCCUUCGACCUAGCAGCCAUCUGCCUAGGCUUCCACCACUUCGACGACCCUCCCCUCGCAGCCCGCCGCCUCGUUGAGCGCCUCAGGCCCGGCUCCGGCGUGCUCAUGAUUCUGGACUUCCUCCCCCACGAAAAGAUGGACGCCUCCCAUCCUGCCUCUGGCACUGUCAUCCACCACGGCUUUUCCAAGGAGCAGAUCCAGAAGAUCUUUGAAGAUGCCGGCGCAGGAGAGCAUUUCGCCUUUGAAGAGCUGGCGGUUGUUUUCAACAAAGCUGCGGGGACGAGGGAGGAGAUGAAGAGGAAGAUUUUCAUGGCCAGGGGGACGAGGAGGAGGGCGGAGUAG